GGCCCAUUGGCUAGAAUUUUUUUUAUUAUUCAUUUAAUUUGCUGUUAGCAUCGGCGUGAAGUCUUGAGAAGAAAGAAAACUCGAUAUAUCAAGGGGAGAAGAAGAACAGAAGAGCAAAGAGCAAAGUAGGAAAAAGCAGAGAAGAAAGAUGAGCAGCAUCGGAACAGGUUACGAUCUAUCAGUCACCACUUUCUCUCCCGACGGCCGCGUUUUUCAGAUUGAAUACGCCGCCAAAGCCGUCGAUAACAGUGGAACUGUAAUUGGAAUAAAAUGCAAAGAUGGGAUCGUUAUGGGAGUGGAGAAGCUGAUAGCAUCGAAGAUGAUGCUACCUGGUUCCAAUCGAAGAAUCCACUCCGUUCAUCGUCAUUCCGGCAUGGCAGUGGCAGGAUUAGCAGCUGAUGGUAGACAGAUUGUGGCACGUGCUAAAUCUGAAGCUACUAAUUAUGAAAGUGUUUAUGGUGAACCCAUUCCUGUCAAAGAACUUGCUGAACGCGUCGCAAGUUAUGUGCAUUUAUGCACCCUCUACUGGUGGCUCAGGCCCUUCGGGUGUGGGGUUAUACUCGGAGGUUAUGAUAGAGAUGGACCCCAAUUGUAUGUGGUUGAACCAUCUGGCAUCUCCUAUAGAUAUUUUGGUGCUGCCAUUGGGAAAGGAAAGCAGGCUGCCAAAACAGAAAUUGAAAAGUUGAAGCUGUUGGAGAUGACAUGCAGGGAAGGGGUUAUUGAAGUUGCCAAGAUCAUAUACAAGGUACAUGAUGAAGCAAAAGAUAAGGCCUUUGAACUGGAGAUGAGUUGGGUCUGUGAUGAGUCGAAGCAACAACAUCAAAAGGUUCCAGAUGACCUUUUAGAGGAAGCCAAGGCUGCGGCUAGGACUGCACUAGAAGAGAUGGAUGCUGAUUAAUUGGUGGAGCCAGAAUACUCUUUUUAUGAUAUUUUGAUCUUCACUAUUUUCCCAUUGUUAUGAACCUGAUGUUUAAUGUAUGAUGAAGUCAUUGACUGAUCAAACGUGUUUCCUAAAGAUUAUAUCAUAAUCUCUUGACCUUUCCACUAUGGUUUUCAAACAAACGACUGUGAACUUUUUAACUGUUUUUGUUUAGGCAUCUGACUAUGAACAGUGACUUCAGCAGCAGCAAUGAUGAAAAGGUUUGCAGA